AGCGCCUGUUGUCCGGCCGGGCGGAGCUGCGGCUGCCACGUUGGAGCGGAACGUGGAGGUGGUCCUGGGCCGGGAGGAGGGGCAGUAGCGAAUGCUGGGAGAGCCCGACGGGCGCCGAGCUAACGCAGGAACUGCUCAGCGAGGGUCCCCGCCAGGAUGAAGUUAAAAGAAGUGGAUCGUACAGCCAUGCAGGCAUGGAGUCCUGCCCAGAAUCAUCCUAUUUACCUAGCUACAGGAACAUCCGCUCAGCAGUUGGAUGCAACGUUUAGUACCAGUGCUUCCCUUGAGAUAUUUGAAUUAGACCUUUCGGAUCCAUCCUUGGAUAUGAAGUCUUGUGCCACUUUCUCCUCUUCUCACAGGUACCACAAAUUAAUUUGGGGGCCUCAUAAGAUGGAUUCCAAAGGAAAUAUCUCUGGAGUUCUGAUUGCAGGUGGUGAAAAUGGAAAUAUUCUUCUUUAUGAUCCUUCUAAAAUCAUAGCUGGAGAAAAGGAAGUUGUGAUUGCCCAGAAUGACAAGCAUGCUGGCCCAGUGAGAGCCUUGGAUGUGAACAUCUUCCAGACUAAUUUAGUAGCCUCUGGUGCUAAUGAAUCUGAAAUCUACAUUUGGGAUCUCAACAAUUUUGCAACUCCAAUGACACCAGGAACCAAAACACAGCCCCCAGAAGAUAUCAGCUGCAUUGCGUGGAACAGACAAGUUCAGCAUAUUUUGGCAUCAGCUAGUCCCAGUGGCCGGGCCACUGUAUGGGAUCUUAGAAAAAAUGAACCUAUCAUCAAAGUCAGUGAUCAUAGUAACAGAAUGCAUUGCUCUGGGUUAGCUUGGCAUCCUGACGUUGCUACUCAGAUGGUUCUUGCCUCUGAGGAUGAUAGGUUACCAGUGGUGCAGAUGUGGGAUCUUCGCUUCGCCUCCUCUCCACUCCGUGUCCUAGAAAACCAUGCCAGGGGAAUUUUGGCAAUUGCUUGGAGCAUGGCAGAUCCUGAAUUGUUGCUGAGCUGUGGAAAAGAUGCCAAGAUUCUCUGCUCCAACCCAAACACAGGAGAGGUGUUAUAUGAACUUCCCACCAACACACAGUGGUGCUUUGAUAUUCAGUGGUGUCCCAGGAAUCCUGCUGUCUUAUCAGCUGCUUCCUUUGAUGGACGUAUCAGUGUUUAUUCUAUCAUGGGAGGAAGUGCAGAUGGUUUAAGGCAGAAACAAGUUGAUAAGCUUUCGUCAUCUUUUGGGAAUCUUGAUCCCUUUGGCACAGGACAGCCUCUUCCUCCACUACAGAUUCCUCAGCAGACUGCUCAGCAUAGUAUAGUGUUGCCUCUUAAGAAGCCACCCAAGUGGAUCCGAAGGCCUGUCGGUGCUUCCUUUUCAUUUGGAGGCAAGCUGGUCACCUUUGAGAAUGUCAAAAUGCAGUCUCAGCAGGGAGGAGAGCAGCAGCAGCACUGUGUGUUCAUUAGCCAGGUUGUAACAGAAAAGGAGUUCCUCAACCGAUCCGACCAACUACAGCAGGUUGUGCAGUCACAGGGAUUUGUCAGUUAUUGUCAGAAGAAAAUUGAUGUUUCUCAGACUGAGUUUGAAAGAAACGUGUGGUCCUUUUUGAAGGUAAACUUUGAGGAUGAUUCUCGUGAAAAAUACCUUGAACUUCUAGGAUACAGGAAGGAAGACCUAGGAAAGAAGAUUGCUUCAGCCUUGAACAAAGUGGAUGGACCCGAUGUGACUCUUAAAAACUCUGACCAAGUAGCACAGAGUGAUGGGGAGGAGAGCCCUGCUGCUGGAGAGCAGCUCUUGAGAGAGCUUAUUAAAGAGGAAAAACAAGAAUCUGAAUUUCUACCAUCAGCUGGAGGAACAUUUAACAUCUCCAUUAGUGGUGAUAUUGAUGGUUUAAUUACCCAGGCUUUGCUGACGGGUAACUUUGAGAGUGCUGUUGACCUUUGCUUACAUGAUAACCGAAUGGCUGAUGCCAUCAUAUUGGCCAUAGCAGGUGGACAAGAACUCUUGGCUCGAACCCAGAAGAAAUACUUUGCAAAAUCCCAAAGUAAAAUUACCAGGCUAAUUACUGCAGUGGUGAUGAAGAAUUGGAAAGAGAUUGUUGAAUCUUGUGACCUUAAAAAUUGGAGAGAGGCAUUAGCUGCAGUAUUGACUUACGCAAAACCAGAUGAGUUUUCAUCCCUUUGUGAUCUUUUGGGAGCCAGACUGGAAAGUGAAGGUGAUAGCCUCCUGCAGACUCAGGCAUGUCUCUGCUAUAUUUGUGCAGGGAACGUAGAGAAACUAGUUGCAUGUUGGACUAAAGCUCAAGAUGGAAGCAACCCUUUGUCCCUUCAGGAUCUGAUUGAGAAAGUUGUCAUCCUGAGAAAAGCUGUACAACUCACCCAAGCCAUGGACGCUAAUACCGUGGGAGUUCUUUUGGCUGAGAAGAUGAGUCAGUAUGCCAAUUUGUUGGCAGCCCAGGGCAGUAUUGCUGCAGCCUUGGCUUUUCUUCCUGAAAACACCAACCAGCCAAAUAUUGUGCAACUUCGUGACAGACUUUAUAGAGCACAAGGAGAGCCUCUACCAGGACAGGAAUCACCUAAAAUUCCUUAUGAGAGGCAGCAGCUGCCCAAGGGCAGGCCUGGACCAAUUGCUGGCCACACACAGAUGCCACGAGUUCCAACCCAACAAUAUUAUCCCCAUGUUAGAAUUGCCCCUACUGUUACUACCUGGAGUAACAAAACUCCUACCGCCCUUCCCAGUCAUCCACCUGCAGCCUCUCCCUCUGACACACAGGGAGAAAAUCCUCCACCUCCAGGUUUCAUAAUGCAUGGAAAUGUUAAUCCAAAUCCUGCGGCAGCUCAGCUUCCCACAUCACAGCUUCCCACCUCUCCAGGUCAUAUGCACACCCAGGUACCACCUUAUCCGCAGCCACAGCCUUACCAACCAGCCCAGCAGUAUUCCUUCGGAACAGGGGGGUCAGCAAUGUAUCGACCUCAGCAACCUGUCGCUCCUUCUGCUUCAAAUGCUUAUCCUAACACCCCUUACAUAUCCUCUGCUUCCUCCUAUUCUGGGCAGUCUCAGCUGUACCCAGCACAGCACCAGGCCUCUCCACCUACCUCCAGCUCUGCUGCUGCUUUCCCUCCUCCCCCUUCCUCUGGAGCAUCCUUCCAGCAUGGCGGACCAGGAGCUCCACCGUCAUCUUCAGCUUAUGCACUGCCUCCUGGAACAACAGGUACUCUGCCUGCUGCCAGUGAGCUGCCUGCAUCCCAAAGAACAGAAAAUCAGUCUAUGCAAGACCAGCCACCUAUGUUGGAAGGUCCUCAGAAUGGUUGGAAUGAUCCUCCAGCUUUGAACAGAGUACCCAAGAAGAAGAAGGUACUAAAAAAAGAUGUCCAUCCAAUUGUCUACAGAUAG